UUUUUUUCCACUUCCAGGUUUCUGAAGGAUUGUCAUUUUUGCAUAGCAGUGUGAAAAUGGUUCAUGGAAAUGUUACUCCUGAAAAUAUAAUUUUGAAUAAAAGUGGAGCCUGGAAAAUAAUGGGUUUUGAUUUUUGUGUGUCAUCAAGCAAUGCUUCUGAACAAGAGCCUAAGUUUCCGUGUAAAGAGUGGGACCCAAACUUACCAUCAUUGUGUCUUCCAAAUCCUGAAUACUUGGCUCCUGAAUACAUCCUCUCUGUGAGCUGUGAGACAGCCAGUGAUAUGUACUCUUUCGGGACUGUCAUAUAUGCUGUGUUUAAUAAAGGGAAACCUAUAUUUGAAGUCAACAAGCAAGAUAUUUACAAGAGUUUCAGUAGACAUUUGGAUCAGCGGUAUCGUUUAGGAUCUAGUUCACUUACAAGUAUACCUGAGGAAGUUCGUGAACAUGUCAAACUGUUGCUGAAUGUAACUCCAACUGUAAGGCCCGAUGCAGACCAAAUGACAAAAAUUCCCUUCUUUGAUGAUGUUGGUGCAGUCACACUUCAGUAUUUUGAUACCUUAUUCCAAAGAAAUAAUCUUCAGAAAUCACAGUUCUUCAAAGGAUUGCCAAAGGUUCUACCAAAGCUGCCUAAGCGUGUCAUCAUGCAGAGAAUUUUGCCUUGUUUGACUUCAGAAUUUGUAAACCCAGAUAUGGUACCUUUUGUUCUGCCUAAUGUUUUACUGAUUGCCGAGGAAUGCACCAAAGAAGAGUAUGUUAAAUUAAUUCUGCCUGAACUUGGUCCUGUGUUUAAACAGCAGGAGCCAAUCCAGAUUUUGUUAAUUUUCCUACAAAAAAUGGAUUUGCUCCUAACCAAAACCCCUCCUGAUGAGAUAAAGAACAGUGUGCUACCCAUGGUCUACAGAGCCUUGGAGGCUCCUUCCUUUGAGAUCCAGGAGCUCUGUCUAAACAUCAUCCCAACUUUUGCAAAUAUUAUAGACUAUCCAUCCAUGAAAAAUGCUUUGAUUCCAAGAAUUAAAAAUGCCUGUUUACAAACAUCUUCCCUUGCUGUUCGUGUGAAUUCAUUAGUCUGCUUAGGAAAGAUUUUGGAGUACUUGGAUAAGUGGUUUGUACUUGAUGAUAUCCUACCCUUCUUACAACAAAUUCCCUCCAAGGAGCCUGCAGUCCUCAUGGGAAUUUUAGGUAUUUAUAAAUGUACUUUUACUCACAAGAAACUGGGAAUCACCAAAGAGCAGCUGGCUGGAAAAGUACUGCCUCAUCUCAUUCCCCUGAGUAUUGAAAACAAUCUUAAUCUCAAUCAGUUCAGUUCUUUCAUUGCCGUCAUAAAGGAGAUGCUGAGCAGACUGGAGUCGGAACACAGGACUAAGCUGGAGCAGCUUCACAUGAUGCAGGAGCAGCAGAGGUCUUUGGACAUAGGGAAUCAAAUGAGCGCUCCCGAGGAGACAAACGUUGCACAUGCUGGAAGUCAGCAGAUUGACAAGGUCUUUAACAACAUUGGAGCAGACCUUCUAACUGGUGGUGAAACAGAAAAUAAAGAAGAUGGGCUGCAGAAUAAACAGAAAAGAGCAGCUGCAUGUUAUGGAUGAAACUCAUGUGAUGAA